AAAAAUAUAUAAAUAUCUCUAUAUACAUCUAUAUAUACAUAUAUAUGUAUGUAUAGGUCUCUGUGCAUAUUUAUAUCGUCUCCUCUUCUUCUUCGUCUCUCACUUUUCAGCGUUUCUGACCAAAUUCUCUCCGUGUUUCCUUCUGCUUCAGGUUCGCGUUUCUCUCAAUGUCUCUUUUAAAGUUUCUUAAAAUCUGUCUGAAAAUUACCUGUGAAUCUCAGAAAACAUGUGUUCUUGUCUUUGAUUCAUGUCAUUAUCCCAAUGCUUGAUCUUACAUUUCGUCUAAUCUUUAGUUAGAUCUUAGAUUCGUUCUCCAGCUAAUUCUGGGUGAUAUUUUAACAAAGUUCUUAGUACAAUGGGAUCUGUUGAUGCUGCUAAUGGAAGUGGGAAGAAACCUACAGUUAUAUUUGUUCUUGGUGGUCCAGGAAGUGGAAAAGGUACCCAGUGUGCUUAUAUUGUUGAACAUUAUGGUUACACACAUCUGAGUGCUGGAGAUCUUCUUAGAGCUGAGAUUAAAUCAGGUUCUGAAAAUGGAACUAUGAUCCAGAAUAUGAUUAAAGAGGGGAAGAUUGUACCUUCUGAGGUUACUAUCAAGCUUCUACAGAAAGCUAUUCAGGAAAACGGGAAUGACAAGUUCCUCAUUGAUGGUUUCCCUCGUAAUGAGGAAAACCGAGCAGCAUUUGAAAAAGUUACUGAGAUUGAACCAAAGUUUGUCUUAUUCUUCGAUUGUCCUGAGGAAGAGAUGGAGAAGCGCCUGUUGGGCCGAAACCAGGGGAGAGAGGAUGACAAUAUUGAGACUAUAAGGAAGCGCUUUAAGGUGUUUCUUGAAUCUAGCUUACCAGUGAUUCAUUACUACGAAGCUAAGGGGAAAGUUAGGAAGAUUAAUGCUGCAAAGCCCAUUGAAGCUGUCUUCGAGGAGGUGAAGGCAAUUUUUUCUCCUGAAGCUGAGAAGGUUGAAGCCUAGGCUGCAGCAUCGUAAAAAGAUACCGAAAACCCGAUAAAUUGAUCAGGUAGAGUUGGGUGUGUUGCAUCUUUCUUACAGGAAGUCUCUGCUUGGCCGUAUUUGUUUUUUUGCUUAUUAACCAUAUGAUUGAUUACUGUUAUUAUUAUACACAAUUUACCUAUUAUAUAAUUUUUGUUUUGUUUCAAUUUUUGUAUUUGAUGGGAUUUUUGUUGGGACUUUUGUCUGCCAAUCUGUGAUUGGUUCAUUGUAAUUUCAUACAGUUGAAUUCAUGCGAUUUUAUAAUAUUACUAAUGUAUAUAGAUGAUUAUAUCGAUGUGUGGUUAAUAGAUCACAUUUUAAAA